AUGAAUCCCAAAGUGGUUGAAGUCUAUACAAAAGUGGGUCAGUUGUUGAGUCGUUAUAAAUCAGGCAAACUACCUAAAGCAUUCAAGAUUAUCCCUUCUUUGAGCAACUGGGAAGAGAUCUUAUACCUCACCUCACCCGAGACUUGGACACCUCAUGCUACCUAUGAAGCAACUCGUAUGUUUGUGUCUAAUCUGAAAGUGAAGCCAGUUCAACGAUUCUUAAAUCUCGUCCUACUUGAUCGUGUGCGUGAAGACAUUGCGGCCAAUAAGAAGUUAAGCUACCAUCUCUACUUGGCAUUGAAAAAGGGUCUCUAUCGUCCUGCCGCCUUCUUCAAGGGCAUUCUCUUCCCUCUCUGUGAAUCAGGCAACUGCACAUUAAAGGAAGCCUCUAUUCUUGGUAGUGUCCUCUCCAAGGUCUCCAUCCCUGUUCUUCACUCCUCUGCUGCUCUUUUGCGUUUAGCCGAAAUGGAAUACACUGGUCCCAACUCCAUCUUCAUUCGUAUACUGCUCGAUAAGAAAUAUGCUUUACCUUACAAAGUGGUCGAUGCCCUCGUCAUGCAUUUUGCUCGAUUUGCUAAUGAUCCUCGAGACAUGCCUGUGCUUUGGCAUCAAUCGAUGUUGGUAUUCGUUCAGCGUUAUAAACAAGAUUUGGUGGCAGAACAAAAAGAUAUAUUAUUAGAAGUCCUUCGAAAGAAACACCAUCCUGGUAUCUCACCUGAAAUACGUCGUGAAAUCGUUCAUUCUGAAGCAAGAGAUGAUAUGUUGAUGGAUAGAGAUGAAGAUAUUAUGAUGAUGGAUUAA